AUGAGCACCUAUGCAGCUGAAGACAUCGUACCAUGUCCUUACAAUCUGUACGCUAUCUCAAACCACAGCGGUACCACCUACAGCGGACAUUACACAGCCUACCGCAGACAUCUAUAUACGAAAAUUUGGCACGAGUACAAUGAUUCCCUGGUGUCUUCAAUUUCGUCGAACUCUCUCGUCAGUGGGGAUGCUUAUAUUCUUUUUUAUCAACAAGAGGCUCACCCCAAAUACCAACAACGUGAUGGUGACUCUGUGAAGAGCUACUGCUCCGUAGCUGAUCCCGAUAGCAUCCUUCGUACUGUCCACUAUUCCGCUGGUAACCACGACAUGUUCAACACAGUCGUGGAGAAGUAUGAAACUCCAUCAGGUUACCCAGCUCCAGCUGCACACUCUGCCCCAGUAGAGAAUGUAUACUCUGCCCCAGUACUGAAUGUAUACUCUGCCCCAGUACAGAAGGUAUAUUCUGCCUCACUUGCUCAUGCUUGCUCCAGUACGUGCAGCCCAGUAUGUGCACGCUGCCCCAGCCGUUCCUUCUGCCCCAGCUCACUUGUGGAGUGA